ACAAUAUUUUACUUGCAAAAAUGAGAGUUUCCGUGUGCUACUUCGUUAUUUUCGUUGCUCUUUGCCUAGGCAACGAAGGCAGAGCAUCCGAAGCAGAAUGUGAUGAAGUGUGCGAAGAAAUUUACAGUCCAGUUUGCUGCACUUAUCCUGAUGGAUCUACUGUAACUUAUAGCAAUGCUUGCAAAGCCUCAGUUGAUAGUUGCAAACGAGGAACAAAAUGCGUUACACUAGACGAAGGAUGCUGCCGUGUACCUGAAUCAGAUUGUCCCGAAAUUUGUCCUCUUUACUAUAGUCCAGUCUGUUGUACCUAUCCUGAUGGAUCUACCGUAACUUAUGACAAUCCUUGCUAUGCUUCAGCUGACAAUUGUGAACGAGAAAUGAAAUGUACUUGUAUGGAGGAAGGUGUGUGCCCUGGAGAUGAAUCGGAAUGUCCCGAAGUUUGUCCUUAUUACUAUGAUCCAGUCUGUUGUACUUAUGCUAAUGGAACUACCGCUACUUAUGGCAAUUCAUGCGAAGCUGCAGCUUACAAUUGCCCACGCAAAGAUUGUUGCUGGAUUACGCAAAAGGGAGAAUGUUCAGAACAAACUGAACCAGCACAGUGCCCUGACAUCGCAUGCACAAUGCAGUAUGAUCCAGUUUGCUGCUACUAUGCUGAUGGUACUACUAGAACUUUCGGAAACUCCUGCGUAGCUUCAGUUACAAACUGCCAGGAGAGGAAAUGUUGUAUAUCAACCACACGAGGAGAAUGCAGAGAUGCAGCCUAAACACAGGAUCUACUGUGCUAAAUCCCAAUAAAUAAAACUUGGAAUGAAAUAUAAGGCUUAUACCGAUCAUACCGAUAUUCGAAGCUAUUCUUUAAUACAUCAGAAAUUUUAUUACUAUCGAAAAAACAAUAAUGUGAAUAAAGUUCUUUAAUUAAAAUCAAAAUAUGUAUCGGCAGAACGGAAAAUUAAACAAAAUAAAAGUGAAAUCAACAAAAGAAA